GAACUAUGCAACAUUAUGGCCAAGUUAGACAACCUUUCAAACACUCUUUUAUUUUAGUUACUUUAUGCUCCAUACUUACCUUGUAUAUCUUGGCCUUUGUCUUGGCUUGGCACUAAUUUGUUGAUAUUAAAAAAAUGGUAUUAUCACCAAAAGAGACAGGAAGACUAAUUGCAGAGAAUGCAAAAUUUGUUACAAUUAAACAGGAAGGAAUAGAAAAAUUAGGCAAUGUUUUAGUUGAAGAAUUUACUUCUGGAUCUUUACAGCCUGCUAAUUUUAGUCAAGUAGAAUUUCAUCCUAAACCUGAUGAUUUGCAUGUACUCGACUGGUUGUUUGUAGUGGAUACAUUAAACUUUUGCUUUUGGAACUACGAUGAUGCAGAAGGUUGGAAAGUUGAAGGAUACACAGGAUAUUUUGCUUUAUGUGCAACUAUUAAUCGAGCCUUGAAAGAAAAGGUUGACAUACUUAAUCCAAAAUUUUAUUCUACAAUAUCAGAGGAGCAACUGAAGAAAAUUUUUCGUAGUGAUACUAAAGUGGAAAUUCCUCUCUUAGCAGAGAGAUUAAAAUGCUUACACGAAGUUGGCGCAGUUUUACAAGAGAAUUUUGAAAGCUCUUUUGAUAAUGUUGUAAAAAAAGCCCAAAACAGUGCAAAGUCGUUAUUGAAUUUAAUUAUAUCCAACUUUAAAUGUUUUCAGGACGAAGCCUUGUUUGAAAGCAAACAGGUUUCUUUUUAUAAAAGGGCUCAAAUAUUGGUUGGUGAUGUUUGGGCUUGUUUUAAAGGCGAGGGAACUGGAUAUUUUAAAGAUAUUGAUGAAAUAACCAUGUUUGCUGAUUAUAGAAUUCCCCAGACACUUUUGUGGUAUGGAGUUUUUGAGUACAAUAAUGAACUGCUUAAGAAAUUAGAAUCAAAUGCAGUAUUAAAAAAUGGGGAUAGAGAAGAACUGGAAAUCAGGGCAUGUUCAAUUCAUGCUGUAGAACUACUAAAGGACUAUGCUAACAAGAGACUAGAAACCAAGAAAAUAAACUCAAUACUUAUAGAUCAUUUCUUGUGGGAUUUUAGAAGGAAACAUGUCACAGAAAUUGACGAAAAAGGUUUACCUUUUCAUAAAGUUUUGUGCAUCUAUUAUUAAUUCAAAUUAAACCUAUAAAACAUGUCUAGGCUCCAAAAGAUAAUUUAAUCAAAGAUUUUUUCUAUUGAAGUUUGUAAUAAUUAUAUUCAGAAAAUUUUUAUUGCAUGUUUAUGAAAUGUGUUUGUCAUUAAAAUAAAUGAAUUUUGUAUA